CGAGAUUCUACAAAUGGCAGGUAACAGUACAUACGGCCCGUCGUGGCAGCCAUGAGCCGAUACUUGUUCGGUCCAAGAACAUGCUGUACUGCUGUGUCUGAGCUUGAAGUCUGGAUGAAACCGAAUUUCUAAUCAGAAGUAGCAAGUAGUCUUGUAGGAAGACUUCAUUGACUACUCUUUGACUCAACCUCGGAUAGCCAGGAGAGACAUCUGGCAAGUCUCCAAGCACUGGAACAAGAGGUGGAUUUUUCAGUCCUAUGAAUAUGCUCAAGUCGAUGAGCUUUAAUAGCAUUUCUCGAGAUUUUGACGUAUUGUCCACAAAUAAGCAAGAAAGAGGAAUUAAAAUAAUAUUAAGAGAAUAUGCAGAGAUACGAAACUUUGUGGCAUAAGAGAGAAGUAAAGUUCUUGCUACAAAUCCCCUGGCAGCUCUUCUGUAUUUGAUAGCUGACUUCAAAAGAAGUCGAUGUGAUGAACCUUGAAAGAAGAACUGGGACUGGGAAAAGAAAGUAUGCUGCAAGAACCUAAGCAGGGAAUGUAUACUCAUUGGAAAUGUUUGCGAAAAGCGAGUGGAUUGCUCCAUUCAGUUUGCUUGCGGUUUGUUUGCUAUACUUGACACCACUGACCUUAGCAUUCUAAUUGUUCUCUUGUUAAGAGUUCUUUCCUCGUCAACUCACUCGCAGCGUCACCUUCUUUUUUUUGCUCCCGCCCUCACUUUGAGUGAAAGUGAGAUCUUCUGAGUUUUUCUCCUUUCAAUUCACUUUCACUCCAUAUCCUGCUCAUCUUCUCCUUUGGCUUUCCACGGAUUUCAAUAUCGACCACUACCACUGCCCUUGCCACCCUACCUUCAACCUCCAACUCCCCCAACCUCUAAGUACCAGACCUCUCUGCUCUCCAUCAACAAGACUACGCAGCCUCACAAUCAUGGCAAAAAGCAAGAAGCCAAAGCCAACUGGCUUUGAAGGUAUAAUCCUCGCUCCCUUCAACACAGAAUCCAACUCACCUUCCCCCACAGAAUUCUACGCAGACCCUCCCAUUACUCCCGCUGAGUAUGAAGAGGAAACUGAAAACCAGUACCACUCCGAACGCCCCUUCCACGACCGUGUUCAGACAGCCAUUCAGCGUUACCGUGCACGCCGCAAGCUCGAUGAAAAGCGCGCUAACAUCUUCACCAAGUACCUCCUCUUGGGUGGUGUCGAUGCUACUCCUAAGGCUUUUACGGGAGGAGCUUUGGACGAAGAAACGCUUGCCAAUGCUACAGCUGAGGAAAUUGCUGCAGUUCAAGCAAUCGACUUCAUUCGCCCAGGAGGAGAUGACGCAGUCAACGCAAAGUUUUAUGAUCCCACCCAGGAGGGUAAAUGGGUUGUCGAUUUUGAGGGUAUUGUGAAGGCCUUCUUGUAAGUGCUCCUUCUGCUGGUUGUUGCAUAUGCGAAAUUGACUUCCCUAGCUCAUGCACUGUACCACAAAGGAUCGGAAUUCACGAUGACGAGAUGGUCAAAUUGGCUUGUAAGGUAAUCAAGAAUUUCUUGGAUUAUCUUCUACAACAUGAAGUGUGCCCAGAAUAUACAGAGGAGAUCAUGACUGCAAGAAAGGUCUGUCCGCUUGCUGAGAAAGAGCUUACGGCUAUUCGGAAACUUGGAACUCUUAUGCCAGGCAAAUUCAACAUGGCUUUAUCGACCCUGUUUGGUGGCCAGUUUCAAAGCUUUGCUGUUCUUGAUGCUGCUACAUGGGAUGACGGAGAUGACGGUAGAGAUUUUGCCCUCGACGAGAAAACUGCCAAAGAGAUUUUUGUAGAGGGAGCCAGAUUUCUUUCUAGUCGUGGAAUUUCCUUCAACAGCUUGAGCACAAUCGUUAGCGUGGAGCAGAGAACUUUUCAGGUGGUGAAAUCCGACGCGUCCUCGGGAGAUCUUUUGGUGCCAAUCGUAUGCAAGCCAUGGAAGGGUCCGGGAUUGGAUGAGUUCGAUAUGCCGGAACCCAUGCCUAAAGGAGAGCAAACCUUCUGGCUUGAGCCGGAGAUUGUUGUACUUCUUUACGUUGGUAUGAAACUAGAGGUGGCACUUUGUGAGCUCGAUAAUGGUUACAAGUUCUUCGAUAUGGCUGGGAUCUUCUGCUCGUUUUACACGUUUAUGGAGAAUGAAAAGAUGCAGGAUUGGAGGGAGCCAGGUGAGUAGUUCUACUCCGUGAUAGCUUACAUGCUAAUAUCUUGUAGUACUCAGCACUCGACCAGGGCCUACAGAAGAUGACCCCGACGCGGAGGAGGCAAUGCUAGAGGGAGAUGAGGAGGGGGAUGCCGAUUAAAGGGGUUUGAAUUUAACGGUCUUUCAACGAAAAGGGUCUGCAAUCCCAAGUCCAUGGUCAAGACUAAUAACAAGGGAGUCAGCAACAUAUGCACGGCAUUUCGCUAAUAUUUGCAAGAGCCCUACAACACCUCCCUUCCUUGUAGCCUCCCCCCACACUGACAAGACAUUUUCUGUCGUUGAUGGGGAAACACAACGUUUACAGAGUUCAUCAUGAAAUCCAUAGCAUUUACAAAGUCGUAGGAAACACGAAAAGCAAAUUUAAUCUGCA